GUGUCCUCCACUGAAAUCAGUUCACCUUCAAAGGCAGAAACUUUUCUUUUCUUUGAGACACCAUCAUCUAAAGCCAACAUGAAGCGGCUACUGCUGCUCUGCCUGUGUGUCUACGCUGUGCGUUGUCAAGACGAUUAUGACGAAUAUGACCUGGGGGACAAAACAGAUCCCAAAAAAGUGGUAGACCCUCGCGGCCACCGUCCCUUGUCCAGAGGGAGUGAGACCUACUCCCCCGUCCGCAACAACCCCCCUCCCGUCAGCGGUGGCAGCCAAUACCGUGGGCGACCUACGGCGGCUCCCGCCAGAGGCGUGGCGGCGCAGGAGAAGGAUGAGCAACCGGAGGCUGGAGGGUGUACACAUGCCUCAGAACAAAUGGGGGUGCUGUGUCCUACCGGCUGUGAGCUGAAGACGGCCAUGCUGAAACAAGAGAGGAACGUGAAAGAUGAAGUGAAGAGGAUGCAGAAAGAUGUUGACGACCUGUCGAGAUCCUCUAACACCAUCUAUAACUACGUAGAUGGCAUGUCCUCAGCGCUGAGAGAGAGACAACUAGUCAGCAACGAGAAUGGUGAUCUGGUGAGUCAGUACACGGACAGUCUGGAGUCCCAGCAUGCCUUUGCAAAGGAGGCUAUAGACACAGUCUUCCCUUCUAACAUUAGGAUUCUUCAAGGGGUCCUUGAGAAGAUCCGGUUGAAGAUUCAGAGAGUGGAGAAGGCUAUCCUGGCCCAGAGGGAAGAAUGCAAGGAGCCGUGCACUGUCUCCUGCCCCAUUCCUGUUGUCUCUGGUAAGGAGUGUGAGGACAUCUUCAGGAAAGGAGGAAGGGAUUCUGGGAUGUAUCUGAUCCAGCCUGACUCCUUCUACCAGCCCUACAAGGUCUACUGUGACCAGACCACACAGAAAGGAGGCUGGACCACUAUUCAGAACAGGAAGGAUGGUUCUGUAGACUUUGGCCGGCGUUGGGACAACUACCGCAGUGGUUUCGGAAACAUCGCCUUCGACGUCGGAAAGGGAUAUUGCAACACUCCAGGGGAGUACUGGCUGGGUAACGACCGCAUCAGUCAGCUGACCAAGCAGGGACCCACUGAGGUCCUCAUGGAGAUGGAGGAUUGGUCUGGCAACAAGGUCCACGCCCAGUACAGAAAGUUUACUAUACAGGGCGAGACGUCCAACUACAUAUUGGCGAUCGAUGGGUAUUCAGGAACAGCCGGUAACGUGAUGCUGGACGGAGCUACGAUGCUGAUUGGAGAGAACCGGACCAUGACCAUCCACAAUGGAAUGAUGUUCAGCACCUACGACAGAGACAACGAUAACUGGACUCCAGGCGAUCCAUCCAAGCAGUGCUCCCGUGAGGACGGCGGUGGUUGGUGGUACAACAGGUGUCACUCAGCCAAUCCAAACGGCCGUUACUACUGGGGCGGGACUUACACGCGGUACAUGGCAAAACACGGCACAGAUGACGGCAUGGUGUGGAUGAACUGGAAGGGAUCCUGGUACUCUCUCAAAGCCAUCUGCAUGAAGAUCAGGCCCUACUUCGCCUCGCGGUAGACACACACAGGGACACACAGGGACAAGCACAGAGACACACACAGACACACACAGAGAGACACACACAGACACACCGAGAGACACAGGAAGGGACCUUUAGCUGAAUCAGGUCAAAAACAAAGGUUUGCACCCCUUUCGGUACCCAGGACGAUUCAACUCUGACCCGUAGCUGACUUUCUGUUCUACCUGAUAAUUAACUGCACCCACCUGGUAGUCCCAGGUCUAAAUCAGCCCCUGAUUUAGAGGGGAACACCUGGUAGUCCCAGGUCUAAAUCAGCCCCUGAUUUAGAGCGGAACACUGAAAACAAGGUACUGGCUUGGAGGCUCUCUAUGUUCGUACUGUAUGUGAGAGCCAACAGAGAGCACCAAUGUGUCAUAAUCAUAAUCUGAUCGAAAUCUCUGAAACACUAAAGGAAACGUAUAAUGACUUCAAUAGGGGCUUUUUUUUUAAAGAAACUACAGAGGAACAAAUGGUGCAUGACGCAAGAGAAAAAGAGAGAAAAGGGAUGUUGUUGUUUCAAACCUGAACCUGAUGUCUUAAUUAUAAUUUUUUUUAUAAGGUUGAACAGAGAAAAGUCAAGUUAAAAGAAGAUUUAAAAAAAACACAGGUGUUGUCGCUGUGUGAUGUGAUGUGUGUGUGAUUGUCCCUUACGUUACUCAAUAAAAACAUAUUGUGGAACUUA